UACAUCCUGUAAUUUAACCAGGCCACAAAAUCAAUGAAAUGACACGCAUCGGGUACAAUGAAAGGGCCUUUCUAGCCACCAAAUGGGCCACCCUAUUGCUACUCCGACCUACAAAUCGUACAUUAAGCCUAGUGUGCACCGCCAAAGAAAGCAAAAAUUCUUCUAAAAUGGCACCAACCCGAUUAUCUCGGGCAUCAACCCGAUUGAUUCUAUCAAUAAUAACUUUGGCAUCACCUUCGAGUUGCGUCUCCGAGAGACCCAUCUCCAGACACCACUAGAUCGUCUCCCGGAGAACCAGGAGCUCAACUACCAUGGAUCAUCAAUCCCUGCAAAUUGGACUCCCCCAUCCAGAAUGACCUCUCCAACAUGGUCUCUGAUAAUCAUCUCCCAAGUCUAUGGGACCCACGCUUUGCUGCCCCAUCCCACUUACAGGUAAUAAAAGUUAGAUUAUAUAAAUUCAAGUUACUUUCUUAUUGGAUGAGAGAUCGCACAACACCGUCCAGUGGCAAAUUGAUUCAUUCCUGGUACUAUUGGUGGUAAGCACGCAUCAAACCUGAGAUCCCAAAUUGUUUGCCCUUAAAGACAACCCGGUUUCGUGACCACUAGAUCCGCCAAAGGAUUGCGACGAUUCCCAUACCUUGAUGAGGUUGAUGUAUAAGAGCCAACAACUUUUUCACGAAAAGCGGGAAAGUAUGACGUGGUAACCCUUGACCAAGAUGAUCCAGGACAGAAUGAUCCCAUAAAGCUCUUGCCACCAGGCAAUCUAAAAAUAGAUGUUCCAUCGUUUCCUAUUCAACCCAGCAAACCGGACAUCUAGGAAGCACCUAGACUUCCUUUUUAAUUAGGACUUCCGUCGUUGGGAGGAUCCGGUUGAAGAUUUUUCACAAGAAUACCUUUAACUAGAGAGGGACCGGGGAAUCACCUCUCUGCUUGUCUAACAACACAGCUGGUGAUAUGCCAAUUUUAUAUUGAAAUCCUAUCGCACGUGUCAUGCCAGAUAAGCAUGUCCUCAAUAUCCUGGCGAGGUAGAGGAAUCGCAUUGAUUGCCCGACAAGUUUCUGGACAAAACCAGUGGCAGAGCUUAAUGUCAGACCAGCGCCCCUCUUCAUGGCAGAGGACAUCUGCCACCUUAAGAUCUCCAUCCUUAGAAAGCACCUGAGGGUUAUACAUUGGGGGAUGGGGAUGUAGACGAGAAAUCCAACUCGGUUUCAACAUUGAAGCUAUACGCCCAUUUCCAAUCUGCUAACGUAAUUAGUUGAUGAGUUUCAAUGCAUUAAUUAGGGUUGUUGUUGAUUCAGUUUCUAUCUAGCGUACCCCUACUUUCAUGUCCAUGGUUGCCUCUAACCCGGUUAUGCUUCCCUUGUAUGUGAUUCGGGCCUAAUUGUAAGCAUUUUACCCCCGUUUUCCUUAGGCAUUUGUGGCAAUUGUGCUCCUAAAAGGGUGGUUUUACGCUAGGUUUCUUGUGUUUUAGCACGUUUCAGGAUCUAACAGGUGAAAACAACCCCGGAGUCGAAAGUUGGACGAAAAUGAGCAAAAACCGGGAGAAGAGGAGGCAUGAACCAUGAACAUCAAGGCGUCCAUAGACCAUAGCACUUACCGAAGUUACUAACGCCAGGCGAGUUCACUGUCACUAAGACUGUGAACUGGGGUUGUUGCUCGUGAACCUGAGCAAGCGAAGUGGUGUGUUUUGAUGCCAAACUUGAAUUCACGGACGCAUUCAAGAGUUCACGGCCAUGAACUGAGGCCGUGAACUGAGCCCGAUCCCUGUUUAAAAGAGAGCUGAAAGGAAGAGAGAGGGGAGAGCAAAAGAGUGAGAAAGUGUCUUCUUCUUCAGAUUUUAGAGAGAGAAAGAACAAACCAAAGAAGAAAGAAGGCUAGUGAUAGCAUCGUAUUUGCACCUGUUUGCACUCUUGUUUCCCGACCAUUUUAGCUCGAAUUUGUGGUUCCUUGGCCUAUUUUACGCUAGGUUGUGUUGUUUUGUCAUAUCUCAGGUCCUAGCGAGUAAAGGGAUGCAUAGGCGCAAGUUUUGAGUCAUUUGGAGGUCAGUUGGCGAUUCAAGAUUCGAAAUACGAGUAUCCCCUGCAUAAUUACGGGCGUAAUUGCCACUGCCCUGACCGUAAUUCUAAUGUCGAGCCAAAUCCUUGAGAAUGUCUGUCGAAGAGCAAAAUACGGGCAAGAACAGAAUGAAUUACUAUCGUAAUUCCAUGAAUACUGGCAGUAAUUUGGUAAUGACGACCGUAUUUUCCUCUCAUCAACGCUAAGUGAAACAUACGUUUUGCGCAAAAUACCGGCAUACCAUGUUUACGACCGUAAUUCAGCCCGUAUUUCGCCCAGAAUCGGGUUUUUGAGGCAGACUCGAACCAAAGGGAAGGGAAUCGACUUUUUGAGCAGAAAACAUAGUUUUAGAGAGAGAAAGUGCAAAGAACAAACCCUAGAAGCUAUUUGGAGUGGAUUUCUUACCAUUGAAGCCCAAAUUGCAUCCACAGGAGUGAAGAUCGACAUCCCAGAGCAGAUUAUCCCCAUCUUUAAGAGUAUGAUUGCUCUGAUUUCUGUUUUCCUCUCUCUCUAUGGAGUAGAACCUUCUCUCACUUGGGUAUGAAGAACCUUAGUUCCGUGUGUUAGGAAUCUUGAUUGUAAUGACUUUGGAUUGAUAUACUGAUUGAUUUUAAUCGAUUGAUGCAUGAUUCAUUGAGUCAAUUGAAGUCUGACAAUCUUUUCUUGAUUUCUACUGCAACCUGAGAUAGAUAGAAUCUUAUUAGAUUGUUAGAGGUUCAUCAAUCGGUAGUAGUAGAUUGGUUAUACGAGAGUUAAUCGAUUUACUGCUUUGUACUGGAAUCCAAUUCCACUAGUGGAGUUCUGUGUUUAUUGCCUCAGCAGUCUAUCGAUGAAGGCUAGUCGCCUGCCGAUUAGUCUGUCUGAGAGGGCUUGGUCAGCUUAAGAGAUUUCAAGCUACUGUCGGAUCUUUCGCAGUUUAAUCAACGGUAAAAUCAACCAAAGGUAAUUACAACUUUGACCUAACUAAGGAGCUAGGGGGACUCAUUCUCGAGUGACUCUUCCUCUGCUUAAGAACUUCGAACCAUUUCCUGCUUUCUUAUUGUUUUUGCUUAAAACCACAUUCAAUCAACUUAGUUUGCUAGAUAAUAAAUCAUCACGGAGUAGGCAGUAGAUCUAGAACCCGGGUUGAUAAAUAGAACUUGCCACUUUACUGUAUUUCCGGGCUGCGAUUACACUUGGUCGCAGUUUGGUGUUGUGUUUUAGCGUGUCAGCUAGGGUUUGCUCCAAGUGGUGAAUUGGGAAGAUUCUCUCCAAGAAAAGAUCAACAAAAGCUCAAAGGAGAUUGGAGGUAUAACCAUGAUGGUUUCUACCUCCUCCUCUUGUGUUCUUCCCCUUUCUAGCAUGGAGUAGUUUCCUUUUUCACUUGGGUGUUGUGAAAUCCUAACUAUUUACCAUGUAGUUGUUGUGUGGUUUGGAUGAUUGUUUAAUUCGAUGAUUGAGGUAUUUUUCAUGUUGAUGUGCAUGUUUGUUCUUAGCAAUCCAAUUGGCCAUUCUAACCUAGAUUAUAGGGAAAACCCCCUUUCAAGGGAGGCUCAAUUGAGUUGGGAUCUUUGGGCUUUUUAAGUCACCAAUCUAGGUUAAUGUAGGGCAAACCUCUAUGUUGAAUUAAGCAAUUUGUUUAAGCGCGAUUAAGCCAACUAACCCUUGGGUUGAGUGAGAGAGUAAGUCAAUCAUCGAUUGCCUUAACCAAGAGGGCUACUUGAGUAGCCUAUAAUGUAUCCCUUGGUUUGGCAAUCGAGAGUGUGGUCUACGACCAUUGUUGCAUUUCCUAGAGGUUCACGGUCACCUUGCCCAUAACAAUCACUUCGAUUCAAAACCAUUUACUUUUGCCUUGUUUUACUUUAAUUAGCAAACUUUUCAACCAAAAUCGAUUUGCUAGAUAAUGUUUCAAACAAUUGAAGGAGGAGUACACGGACCGCCCCGAGUCAAUUUUUAACAUACUUGCCCUGUAUUGCACCCUACUAACUUGGACCUUAGGCGGGAAUUAGUUGUGAUAUUCAGAGUGAGUAAGAAUGCUUAUGAUGUUGUUUACACCCUAUACCAACCAUGACCCUAUGAUUUCUACUUAAGAGUGUGUAUGUGUGGUGGGGGGGGGGAUCUUUGUUCUCCCCAAAUUGCACUUCUAACCUUUCCACUAUAUUUGUACGAUGUUUGGUUGUGUGUGUGUUUUUGUAGGCAAUGGUUAAUCUUGAUCAUCCCUACCUUUGGGAUUUCUCCACAUUUGGGGAUGACAUUGCGGUUCGGUUGUACAGGGAGGCAGGGCAACAUUGGCGCCUCAACAUCGAUUAGCUCCUUCCGAUAGCCCAAAUCGAGUCCACCUCUCCUCUCAAAAUCGUGCCAUGUAAUUGUCAUCCACGACGUGACGUACGUGCGACCCAUCCAUCGCCAUUAUUGAUUUGCAUCACCCUCCGUAUGAUGAGAUGGAAGCGACACCUUAUGCUCCUCAUGAUUCUUUUGAAAUUUGAAAAAUUGUUUCACCCCGCGAACCAUUUGAAUGGGUCUUCAUUACCGUUGAAAUUUGGGAACUCUAGUAGGGUCAGUUUGGGUCAAAAUGGUCUCGACCGGUACUCAUCUCGGUUCAUUUCUCCACCCGAUGACGGACCUCCCUCGGACACACUCCGACUUACUAGGCCAUUCCUUGGCCAAUGCGGCCUGUUCCAUCCCUCCUCGCCACCCGCUGGUGGCCAGCUUCCUCCGCCCAUACUUGGCCAAGCACAAUGGUCGCUUGCUCCCAAAGUUGCUCCGCUCGGUCUGCCUCCACCAUCUCCGGCCCACGAAGCUCCUCUUGUCCAGCCCAUUUGGUUUGCCUCCGCCCAAUUGAGAGGCCCGAGAGUUAUGGCUCAAAGCGGCUUAGUAUCCGGCACAACUACGGCUACCCCUACCAGCCUUAUCGUCAGCCCUAGACCCAUUCCAUUCGCCACCAUCCUGAGCCCGAUCGGCUCCGUUGUCGACUGACCUAACCCAACUCCUGUAAAAUCCAGCCUGCUCUCGUAUGUAGGCUGUUGAAGACCAAAACUAACAGGACUUGAGUUUACUACCAUAAAACCAUGUGGAAACG